AGGGCCCUGUAAUAAAAAGAAAUCUCUCCGUUAAACUUAGGUGACACGUGACAAACAUGUCAAGACAAAUGGGAGCUUCAGACGUCACCAACCACCGCUUACCUCCAAACUGAACCGAUAUUAUGUCGCAUAGCCGGUGUUUGUUUGCCUUCAAGUCCUCAUUCGAUAUAAUUACUUACUGAUAUUCCGAACUUGGCUAAAUAUAUGAUGAAUAAAUAUAACUUAAAUCAUCAAUAAAUUAUUAUUUGCAUUAAAAUUUGAACAACUGUGCACGCGUUUGUACCAUGGUAAGUAGACAUUAAAAACGUGAAAUUGCGAACUCCACUUCAGUCGCUCACCUCCGACCACCAUGGAUGGAACUAUCAGAACCUUUCACCGAAUCCUCUCCCUCCUUGGCAUUUCUUUUUUUGCUGAAGAAGGAUGGGACUCCAAAAAAUGGCUGGCGCUACAAAUAUUCACAUUCAUAAACGGCUUAAUCAUUUUCAUCUUUACCAGCGGUUUUGUGAUUGCUAAUGUAUCAGAUCUCGUAAUGUUCAUCGAUGGAGCAUGUAUAUGGUGCACGGGGGUGAUUAUGGCAAUAUCUUUGGGUGUGUGUUUAGUAUUUAGGAAAGGUUUUCGAAAUUUUCUCGAUGAGAUGGUCUUUGAAGAUGCUGUCUUAGAGAUACCGUUAAUUAAAUUCGUGGUGAUGGCAGAAGGGGGUGUAAAAAUGGCAGAAUUGAAAACCUUAGUGCUGGAAAGCCAGGAGAAGUUGUUGAAGUAUACGAAGAUCUUAUUGAAGACGCACUUAUUUGCCGCUUCGCUUUGUGUGACUUUGUAUAUCUGUACGCCUGUUUAUCUCAUGAUCAUGACUGAUGACAAGUCUUUACGGCUUUUAGCAUUUGACAUAUGGUUUCCGUGGAGUUUGGAGAACUUCAAGGUCUACAUCGCCUCGUUUGUAUUCCACGCGUACGGCGCCAGCCUGUGCUGCAUUACGAAUCCUGGAUUCCAAUCUACCAUCAUCCUCCUGGUGGGACAGUUAAUCCGUCAGCUGCGGAUCCUCACCUUCAUUCUGCUGAAUCUCAAUGAGUUAGUCAUUGAGCUGGUUGGCAACAAGAAUCCAAGAUGGCAGGCGCAUUGCACAUCAGUUUUGGUACAAUGCGUCAAACAUUAUAUUAAACUUAAGAGAUUCAGUAACGGCCUCAACUAUAUCUGCCGGCCAUUUUAUCUCACACUCAUAUUAGUAUCUACUAUGUUGGUUUGCAUGUGUUCUGUCAAAAUUGCUACUUCUGAAAAAUUAACUCCAGACACUAUAAAAUAUUACGUGCACGAAUUCUGUUUCAUACUAAUAGUGCUGAUGUUUUGUCUUCUGGGUCAGCAAGUUGAGAAUGAGUGUAGAGAGCUAGAAGUUGCCGCAUUGGAGAAGUGGUAUAUCUUUAACAAACAACACCAAUCAAACGUACGCAUAUUCCAUAUAGCCGUGAGUCAGCGCAUGCCUAUUUACAUAUUCGGAACUAUCCCGCUGUCACUGCCGACAUUUACUUGGUUCAUGAAGACCGGGUCAUCUUUCUUCACAUUAAUGAUGUCUGUAUUAGAAGAAGAAAAUGCAUAGAUAAUUAAAUAAAUAUAUCAGUAGAUUCAUAAAUCAUUACAUGCACUUAAAUAAAGAAUAUAUCAGUAGAUUCAUAAAGCUGUUUCAUUUAAAGAUUAGUAUUUGUCGAAAUA